AUGUUAGAGCAAGAACGACAAAGAAUAGAACAGCUGACUGCCGGAUGGGACGAUCCUACUCAGGUGGAUUGGGGCACCGAGGAAAACGCUGAAGAGGGCGAAGGGUUAGUCAGGCAGGAAGCUGCCCCUUCAGCGCCGCUGCUCAAGUGCACCGCUCUAUAUUCCUAUACGGCUCAAAAUCCGGAUGAAUUGACAAUCGUCGAGAACGAACAACUAGAAGUAGACGUAAUCUCUACUGUUAAAGCUUUAACUGAACUAAAAUCUAAUAUGAUUUCAGAAAGAGAACAGUCAGUGACCACGCCCGGCCUACAGACUCAAAUAUCCUUUUCUUCCGUUGAUUACACUGUAGAUAAUGAAGAGGAGAGUGCACAACAAGCUACAGAAACCACGCAGUCGCCCGAACAGAUUUCUGUAAUCUCUAUUCCACAGAAAACUCCAGACGGCACAAAUCCCGAGUAUUGUAUAGCGUUGUAUGACUACGAAGGAGAAGGUGGUGAAGAACUUACUUUCGAAGAAGGUCAAAUAAUAAAGAUAUUAAGUAGGUGUGCUCACAGCAUCGACGACGGCUGGUGGCAAGGAGAAUUAGAGGGCCACAUCGGCAAUUUCCCAUCGUUGGUAGUAGAGGAAUGCGACGAGUUCGGGGAACCCUUAGUUAACGAAUGGGACGAGACCCCUCCUCAGUCCGCACCUCCCGUUUUUACACCACCAGACGUGCCCGAUUAUCUAGCCGAUACUGAGGAAGGUGACGAAGUGACGAUAUCUUCUCCGCCCCUUCAACCGCCCCCGCCCGCUCCACCGAUAGAAGACGAGGACGAAGCAAUCAACGAAAACGGAGAAAUACCGGAAGAGGGAGAAGUCGAGGCUGAAGACGGUGAAGACGCGGCGGCCUUAGGAGGCUUCGCCAUGUCGCUCUCUCGGGACCAACAACACCAUUACGGAAGUCAAUUUAACAGAUCGUCCGGAGCUCCAACUGCGGUGCCCAUAGACCAGGAAGAUCAACAAGCAGAUAGUGAUUUUGGCUUGUGCGCUGCACAAAUUGUCAUCACUGCCGCUACUCCUAUGAUGGAAGAAGCGGCUAGUCCCUUUCCGCCUCCGGAAGAGUCAGAGGUGAAUCACAAAGACGGAGGUAAGGAUCCCUCGUCUAUUCCCGAAGAAGACGAAGAAGAUUCGAAGCCCCCGCCAUCUCAUCCACCCGUAAGCAGUAGUACAGGUAGUGAUGGCGAAACAACAGGUCCCAGUACAGCGGAAAACUCAGUAAGUCAAGCACCUCCGGCGACCGAACCUGAAACUAAACAGGUGGUCGGUGGAAGAGCUAGCAUCCCAGACGAAUUAGAACCACACCAGUUGGCCCGCCUUCAAGACCUCAAAGAAUCCAACGCCUAG